AUGGAUGUCUUCUGCCGCUCUGUGAAACUCGGCCUUGCGAACCAUUUAGCGGCAGCAAACAGCAACGGCCUACCCCCUUCCAAAAACCUCUCAUUCGACAAAGACUACACACUGGGAAAAGAACUGGGCUCGGGAGCCUAUGCCGUCGUGUACGAAUGCACCAACAAGGCGACAGGACGGAAAGCGGCCGUGAAGAUCGUGGACCGCUCCAAGUUGAGCGGAGAGGACGACGAGGCAUUGAAGCAGGAGGUGGCAAUCUUGCGGGACAUGAAGCAUGGGCACGUAGUCCAGUUGUUUGACUUCUAUAAGGAUAGACAAAAGUAUUACUUGGUGCUGGAAAUCUGCUUGGGGGGGGAGCUGUUCGACCGUAUCGUCGAGAAAAAAAGCUACAACGAAAAAGAAGCCCGAGACCUGGUACGCAUCCUCUUCGACACCCUGCGAUAUUGCCACUCCACCAAAGUUGUCCAUCGGGACCUGAAGCCAGAGAACUUGUUGCUGGAGGACGAGCGGGACGACGCGAACAUCAAGCUGGCUGAUUUCGGCUUUGCCCAACGCAUGCUGACGCCCAAUAGCCUCACGACCCAAUGCGGAACCCCUGGCUAUGUGGCCCCAGAGAUACUGAAAGGCAUUCCGUACGGCGAGAAGGUGGACGUUUGGAGCGCGGGCGUGAUCACCUACAUCCUCCUGGGCGGCUACCCUCCCUUCUACGACGAGAACCAGGGCCGCAUGUUCAGAAAAAUCAAGCGCGGGGACUUCAAGUUCCAUUCUCCCAUGUGGGACCAUGUGAGCCCCGAGGCCAAGGAUUUGAUCAAGAGGCUUCUGGUCGUGGACCCCCACAAGCGCCUGGACGCGGCAGGGGCCUUGAAGCACGCGUGGAUCCUCACCAGCGACCACUUGCUGCAGAAACGCGAUUUGGCUGGCACGGUGGAAGAGAUGAAGAAGUUCAACGCCAAACGGAAAUUUCGCGGUGCUGCCAAGGCAGUGAUUCUCAUGCACCGCUUGAAGGGAAGCUCUAUGAGUGGGGGCACCAAGAAGAGUGUACAGGUCUACAUGGAUAUUAAGAUCGGGCCUCGCUUUGCGGGACGCAUGGUCUUUGAGCUCUUCACUGAACAAACCCCACGAACCGCGGAGAAUUUCCGGGCCCUUUGUACUGGCGAGCGCGGUAUCAGCCCCCUGUCGGGGCAUCCGCUCCACUAUAAAGGGUCGAUCUUUCACCGCGUGAUCAAGGGCUUCAUGGCCCAGGGCGGAGACUUCACUGCUGGGGACGGUACGGGCGGCGAGUCCGUGUACGGGCUCAAAUUCGCGGACGAGGCAUUCACGUACCAGCAUGCCUCCCGAGGCACCCUCUCCAUGGCCAACGCGGGCCCGGACACGAACGGGUCUCAGUUUUUCUUGACCUUCCGCGACACCCCGCAUUUGGACGGAAAGCAUGUGGUCUUUGGGCGGCUGCUGGAGGGGAUGGAGGUGUUGCAGGUGGUGGAGAUGGUGGCGACGGACGGGAGGGACCGGCCGCGCAUGCCCGUGACGGUAGUGGACUGUGGGCAGAUAGGGGAGACGGCGGAAGAGGACGAGGGGGACGAGGGGGAGAGAGGGGAGGAGGCAGAAGGAGCAGAGAUGGGGGACAAGCCUGAGGAAGGAAGGCAGGGCAAAGGGGCCAAGAAAGUGCAGGGGGAGGAGGACAGCGGCGAGGACGAGGAGAAGGAGGAGGAGCGGAUAAGGGAGGACGAGGAAGCGGAGGAGGAGGAAGAAGGAGAGAAGGAGGCGGACAUGAGCGGGAUGACGGAGACCCAACGUCGUUUGUACAAGCUCAAGUGGAAGCUAAACCAGGGCCGGAAACUGAAUCGUCAGGCCGUGAAAGAGGAAUUCACGCGCAAGAACACGCCCAACUUGGAAGCUCGUCUGCGGGCGGAGGAGCGGCGGGAUUCGAACGAACGGUGGAGGAAAGAAAUCCUGGCCCGGGGGAUGAAACCGGAGGAGGCUUACAUGUUCGAGACAGCGGAAGCGGCGGGAAAGAAACAGGCGGCGGCGGUCCGGAAGGCGAAAGGCCAGGCAGCCUUCGGAUGGGACGUGUUCAACCAAGAUGCCUUGUACAAAGCUUACAAGAAACGCCUGGGGAAACUCCCUUCCGCGGAAGGGGGAGCCAGGGCGGAGGAGGAGAAGGAGGGGCGGGGGGAGGAACCGGACCCUUUGGCUUACGGCCAGGCCCCCAGGGGGGAGGCGGCGGGCCUGGUCCGGAUGACGGAGGAGCUGGAGGAGCGGGAGAGGGCGAGGAAGAACUUCAGCCGACGCCGGGCCGCGUACGAGGGGGAGGACGUGUCCUCCAUCAACGAGCGGAACAAGAUGUUCAACAAGAAGCUGAAGCGCGCCUACGACAAGUACACGGUCGAGACGCGGCAGAAUUUAGAGAGGGGGACGGCCUUGUAGCACGGGGGGGCAAGGACGGCAAAAGGAAAAAAUAUUCAAGCUCAGCCAUA